AUUUUGUUGGUUUGUCUAAUUUGUUUUAUUAAAUGUCUAUAAAUAUAAGAAGAGUUAAGAUAAUAGGCUCCUUGGAUUUAAUAUGACAAGUUCAGAUAAGUCAUCGUGAACACUGUAUAAACUGAACUCAAUUAUGCACGUAAUCUUAUUUGUGUGCUCAAGAGUCACAACAGCUACUGAAGUAAAGCCAUUGCGAAGAAAAUAGAUCUCACCUUAAAUCUCUCUACCUUCACUCCAAUUUUCACAAUCCUUUCUUUUCAUUGAUUUGGUCACUUCCUUUCUAACCAUGCCAGUCCUAGAAACACUUGGUGGUGCUCUUUUUGGUGCUGUUCUUCAGGUACUAUUUCAAAAGCUGGAUUCUCAUCAAGUUCUAGACUACUUUCGUGGGAGAAAGCUCGAUGAGAAGCUUCUGAAAAUUUUGAGGAGGAAGUUGGUGUCCAUGAAUGCUGUGGUUGAUCAUGCAGAACUAAAGCAGUUUAGAAAUGAAUAUGUUAAAACGUGGCUUGAUGAUGUCAGAGACGUGUUGCUUGACACAGAGGAUCUGCUGGAUGAAAUAGAACUUGAAUACCAGAGAAGUGCUAGCAAGGUACACACUUUUGAAUCCAAGCUGAAAGAAGUCCUUGAUGACCUUGAAUUUCUUUUGAACCAAAAGGAUGAUCUAGGUCUAAAAAAUGCUGGUGGUAUCGGAUACGAAUUGGGUAAUAAGGUGUUAGAGAGAAAAAAUGAAUCCUCAUCAUUGGUGGCUGAACAUAUUAUUUGUGGCAGAGACGAGGACAAAGAAAUUAUCCUUAAUUGGCUGACUUCAGGCAAUGGCAAUCUUAACCAGCUGUCAAUACUUGCUAUUGUGGGUAUGGGUGGGAUGGGUAAGACCACACUUGCCCAACAUGUAUACAAUGACCCAAAGAUGAAGGAAGCUGGAUUUGAUGAAAAAGCUUGGGUUUGUGUUUCUGAUGAAUUUGACGUUUUGAAAGUAUCAAAAGCCAUUAUUGGGGCUCUGACUAAAUCAAAAGAUGAUAGUGAAGACAUAGAAAUGGUUCAUGGAAAAUUAAAAGAAAAAUUGACAGGAAGGAAGUUUCUUCUGGUUCUAGAUGAUGUUUGGAACGAAGACAGAAACCUAUGGAAAACAUUGCAAACUCCUCUUCGAUAUGGAGCUAAAGGAAGUAAAAUUAUUCUCACAACACGCAGUAACAAAGUGGCUUCUAUCAUGCAGUCAAGCUACGUACACCAACUAAAGCAAUUACAAAAACAUUACAGUUGGCAAGUAUUUGCUAAAAAUGCAUUGCAAGAUGAUAACUCUAUGUUGAAUUGUGAGUUGGAGGAGAUUGGUAUGAAGAUAGUUGAAAAGUGCAAAGGGUUGCCUCUAGCCCUUGAAACGCUGGGAUGUCUUUUACACACAAAGUCAUCUGUUUCAGAGUGGGAAGGUGUAUUGACAAGCGAGAUAUGGGACUUAUCCAUAGAAGAUAGUAAAAUCAUCCCUGCUUUGCUGUUGAGUUAUUACCAUCUUCCUUCUCAUCUCAAGAGAUGUUUCGCUUACUGUGCGUUAUUUCCCAAAGAUCAUAAGUUUGACAAGGAGACCUUAAUUCUCUUAUGGAUGGCUGAAAAUUUUCUACAAUGCUCUCAGCAAAGCAAGUGUCCAGAAGAAGUAGGUGAACUAUACUUCAAUGAUCUGUUAUCAAGGUCAUUCUUUCAACAAUCAAUUAAAGACAACGAAACAUGUUUUCUCAUGCACGACCUUCUCAAUGAUUUGGCAAAAUAUGUUUCUGGUGAAAUAUGCUUCAGGUUGGGAGUUGAUAAAGCAGAAAGAGUACCAAAGACAACCCGUCACUUUUCAACAGUAAUCAAUCCUAUUAAAUAUCGUAAGAGUUUAUGUGAUGCUAAAGGGCUACGGACAUUUAUAUCCUUUUGGGCGGACUGUGAGAUUUCAAUACAAGAGUUGAUUUCCAACUUUAAGUUCUUACGGGUCUUGUCUUUGCAUUGCUUUAAGGUGAAGGAGGUGUCUGACACUAUAGCCGAUCUUAAGCAUCUCCGUUCAUUAGACCUUUCAAACACAGGCAUAACUAAACUUCCUGACUCAACUUGUUCACUCUGUAACUUGCAAGUAUUGAAGCUGAACAAGUGUUUCAAUUUACAGGAGCUGCCCUCGAAUUUGCAUCAACUCACUAGUUUGCGCUGCCUUGAACUUGUGGGAACUACUUUAAGAAAGGCUCCAGUUCAUUUAGGAAAAUUAAAGAAUCUUCGAGUAUGGAUGGGUAGGUUUGAGGUUGGCAAAAGUAGUCAGUCCAAUGUUCAACUUGGAGAAUUUGAGCUUCACGGACAAUUGUCAAUUAGAAGUCUUGAAAAUAUUGUAAAUCCCUAUGAUGCAAUGGCUGCAAAUUUGAAAAAUAAAAAACAUCUUGUGGGGCUAAAUCUAGAAUGGAGUUUGAAUCGUAACAAUGACGACUCAAUAAUAGAAAGAGAAGUACUUGAGAAUCUGCAACCUUCCAGACAAUUGAAGCAUUUGUUAAUCGAUGGCUAUGGUGGCACGCAAUUUCCACGUUGGUUAUCUGAUAAUUCUCUAUUGAAUGUGGAGUCCUUAAGCUUGAAUAACUGUAGACAUUGCCAAUUGUUGCCGUCCCUAGGACUUUUGACAUUUCUCAAGCACUUGACAAUUCAUGGCCUUGAUUGCAUAGUCAGGAUAGAUGCUGACUUUUACGGGAAUAGCUCUUUCGCAUUUGCAUCCUUGGAAACGUUGAGCUUUAAUGAUAUGAAGGAAUGGGAAGAAUGGCAAUGCAUGACGGGUGCUUUUCCAAGUCUUCAUUGUCUUUCUGUGAUGAAUUGUCCCAAACUGAAAGGGAACUUGCCUGUGCAACUUUCUCGCUUAAAAAAGCUAACUAUUGGUCAAUGCAAACAACUUGUGGCUUCGAUUCCCAAGGCCAUAGAAAUUGAAGGUGUGAAGAUGGAGCCAUCUUCAUUUGAUACUCCUCUUGAAUCCUUGAGUAUUUAUUCAUGUCCGGGCAUGAAUAUUCCCACAAACCAUUGGUACUCUUUGCAUGUAGAGUUGGAUAUUAGUCAAUGUUGUGACUCGCUCACAAACAUCCCUCUAGACAUAUUCCCAAAACUAUGCGACCUUUGUUUGGAAGAGUGUCAUAACCUAAAGAUGAUAUCACAGGAGCACUGUCAUAAUGAUUUGAAGACUCUGAGCAUUGAAAAAUGCUCUCAAUUUGAAUCAUUUCCCAAUGAAGGAUUAUUUGCACAGAAGCUGGAGAGAUUUCGCAUUGAAGGAUUGGAGAAAUUGAAAUCAAUGCCUAAAAGCAUGUCGGUCCUCCUUCCAUCCCUUAAUUAUUUGUCAAUACGCAAUUGUCCAGAAGUGGAGUUAUCUGAGGGAUGUUUGCCCACAAAUCUAAAAGAAAUGCGUCUGAAGAAUUGCUCCAAACUUGUUGCCUCACUAAAGGGGGUUUGGGGAACCAACACUUCUCUAAAAUCCUUGUAUAUUGGCGAAGUGGAUGUGGAGUUUUUCCCCUGUGAAGGUUUACUCCCACUCUCUCUUACUAAUCUAGCGAUAUAUGAUUGUCCAAAUCUUAAGAAACUCGACUGCAACGCUCUCUCUCAUCUCUCUUCUCUUGAGAAAUUGGAUCUUUUGAGUUGUCCCAGCCUCCAAUGCUUGUCAGAGCAGGCUCUGCCUAAAUCCAUUUCAGAACUCCGAAUUAAAAAUUGUCCGUUGCUCAAACAACGGUGCAAGAAACAAGAAGGUGAAGACUGGGAAAAGAUUGCUCACAUUAAAUACAUAGACUUUGAUUAAGAAGAAGUAAACGUAAAAGAUGAAGCACAAGUUGGAAAUUACUAAGGCACCAAUUCUCAUAUGCCUACAUUUUCAACAGGUGCUAAUUCUCCACAACAUAUUUGCAGCAUUUCAAAUACAAUCUUAUUCACGUCAAAUAUUUUAAUUUCUAGCUCACCACUUUCUUCACGCAUCGACUUUUGGUCUCUUAAAUGUUCUGUUUUAUGUGCAAGAAUUUCUAUUAUUGAU